AUGCCUAAAGACGCCUUAGAUAAACACUACGCUUUGAGAGAGUUUACUAUACUAGUACCCGCGUAUACUCUAGACCCGAUUCUUGCACUACCUAUACGGCCUAUAGAAACCUCUCUAGAAGAGAAGCGUUCAAUCUUAAGCUUAAAACGAAUCGCAGUCUCUCUAGGCGACUAUAUAAUUAACGAUAAGGACUAG